UGUUCUUCCUUUACAGAGUAUCUCAAAUCUUUUUGGCCCUGCUCCUGGAAGGUGCUGAGCAUCAUUGCUCCAUAAAGAGGAUUGGCCUUUGUGAAGCAUGGUGAGAUCUCUUGCCUAGAUAAGGAGACCUUUUCUAAACCAAUCUCCUUCCACUGACAUACCCAGGUGUGAUUAUUGACAUUCAGGUGUUUGGAUCUCUGCAGCUCCUGGUCAUUACAACAACAGUGUCAGCAAGUGGUCAGGACUGGACUCAAGAACUGUCACAUGAAGAGUUAUCAUCCUGCUCCUCCUCCUCCUCCAAGGGUCUCACCUAGUCAGCUAGAGAGGUGACUAAGGCUUGAUUGCCUGCUUCCACCAAAGGUCAUUUGCACGUAACCAAGAUAAAAAGAAAAGGAUACCAUCACCACUGCAUAUGUCCCCUGUAUUAGCAGCCAUUUUGUGAUUCUGAUAUUAAAAGCUCACCCCUCCGUUGCUCACUAAGGCAGUAAUGUCCUCCUCAUCCACUUCAGCUCUGGAGAUAGAGAUCUUCCAGUACAUUGAUGCACAUCAAAGUGAUUUCAUUGAGAAUCUUAAGGAAUGGGUGGCUGUGGAAAGCGAUUCUGUUCAACCAGAUCUGAGGAAAGAAGUAGUACGAAUGAUGGCGUUGGCAGCAGACAGACUUGCAGCACUAGGAGCCACUGUCAAUUCAGUAAACCUGGGGUCACAUCAGUUGCCUGAUGGCCAGGACCUCCCACUGCCUCCUGUGAUUCUUGGGGAACUGGGGAAGGAUCCACAAAAUCCCACCAUAUGUUUCUAUGGUCAUGUAGAUGUGCAGCCUGCCAAAAAGGAAGAUGGCUGGAACACUGACCCUUACACACUGACUGAAAUCGAUGGUAACCUCUAUGGGCGUGGAGCAACAGACAAUAAGGGACCUGUCUUAGCUUGGAUAAAUGCCGUGGAAACAUUUAGAGCCUUGAAACUAGCUAUGCCAGUGAACUUCAGGUUCGUAAUAGAAGGCAUGGAAGAAGCAGGGUCCUCGGGGCUAGAAAACUUACUUGAAGAAGAAAACCAGCACUUUUUCUCUGAUGUUGAUUACAUUGUAAUUUCGGACAACCUCUGGCUCAGCAACAAGGAGCCUGCCCUUACAUAUGGGAGUCGGGGAAAUGCCUGCUUCUUUGUGGAGGUUGAAUGUGGCAGAAAGGACCUUCACUCUGGAACUUUUGGAGGCAUCAUUCAUGAACCGUUGAUGGAUCUGAUAGCUCUGCUGGACAGCCUUGUGGAUCCCACAGGUCGUAUUCAGAUCCCUGGAAUCUAUGACAGUGUUGCUGCCCUGAGAGAGGAGGAGAGGAAAUUAUACAAGUCGAUUGAAUUUGAUCUAGAGGAGCAUAAAAAUAACAGUGGUGUGAAAAAAUUCAUCUUUGGCACCAAGGAAGAAAUACUUCUACACCUGUGGCGUUACCCUUCUCUCUCUAUUCAUGGGAUUGAAGGAGCUUUUCAUGAACCAGGAAUUAAAACGGUCAUUCCAGCAAAAGUAAUUGGCAAAUUCUCAAUUCGUCAGGUCCCCCACAUGGACCUUUCGGUUGUGAAACAACAGGUGGUGGAACACUUGAAGGCUGUCUUUUCCAACAGGAACAGUCCAAACAAACUGAAAGUAUCUAUGCCUUUGGCUUCAAAGCCCUGGCUUGCUGAUGUUAAUGAUCUAUCAUAUAAAGCAGCAAGAAGGGCAAUAAAUACAGUUUUUGGAGAAGACCCAGAUUUUAUUUGUGAUGGUUCAAAAAUUCCUGUGGCCAGAAUGUUCCAGACCAUUAUGCAGAAAAGUGUGAUAAUGCUUCCAAUUGGAGCAGCUGAUGAUGGGGAGCACUCUCAGAAUGAGAAAAUAAGCAGACACAACUAUAUUAAGGGAACCAAAUUCUUUGCAGCCUUUUUCCUGGAGAUAUCGAAGCUACAUUGGCACUUACAUGAAACUUCCCACACAGAAACUAACAACUGAUAGAGCAUCACAAGAAAACCAGCAAAG